AUGACGACCACACAAUCCGACAGGAGCCUUCUUGAUCUGCCACUUCCUAUUAGAAUCCGCAUCUACACUUUUGCAGGGCUUGCUAAUAACCAGGUUAUUCCCCUCGAUCGCAGACAUCGCGUCGAGGAGCAAUCUGCCCCCACCUGGAAAGACUCUGCCCGCACACUCAAUCUACACCUGGCGGACUUAACCAUCUAUUCAGCCCUUAUACUCAUCUGUCGGACUAUUCAUGAUGAGGUGUCGUAUCGUUUCUAUUCUACCAACACGUUCAUUGCCCACGACCUGCAAACGUUGGGCCGUCUAGGCCCGUCAUAUCUGGCUUUGAUGACCUCUCUCAAACUCAUCCCCUGCCUUACGAAGAACGCAAAUUCCCGCAAAGAAUGUACCUGCACGCCUCUAGGAUUUAUUCAUGACGAUACAAUCCUCGGCCUGGUGAGCCCUUGGGACAGGUCCACCCUCUGGCAGUGGAACUCGACCAUCAGCAAGAUUGCACCGCAUUUGACAGGUGAUAGACUUGACCUGAGUAUUCUCUGCCCUGUUUACAACGAGGGCACUGCAAAAAGGGUAGUGGAACCUCUGCCCCACUUCCCUGAUAGCUGCCACAUCCGGCUCGGUCCCCUCAAUCGUCGCAACUAUGCUAUCCAGAUGAUAGCUAUGAAAGCCGCUAAACAGGCCAUGGGCCAGAUUACUACCCAUGUACAACCAUUUCGUUUCCUCGACCUCCCUGGUGAAAUUCGUUUACUUGUUUACGAGUACACCGAUCUCAUCAGCCCGCUCAACAAGCUCCGAUGGGACCCAGACCAUGGCUAUACACUUGACCCAUCAUUCUGCCCACCAGACUGUAGUCCACCUUAUGACACUUGUCAUCCAAGCAUGCACAGGGACUGCGGAUCCGCUAAUGUCCCCCGCUGCCACUGUCGUCAUGGCUUAUCAUCCUGGCACGGUAGAUUCCCCGACUGCUGGGCAUGCACACACUACGCCUGUCAAUUCAAAACCUGCAACGCUCAACCUGCACACGGUACAGACCUAGGUCUCAACUGCUGCGGCGCAAAAGCAUCAGCGUAUUCCCCCGCAUGCCAUUGCUGGAAACCACCCGUCGCGCUAUUCAACACAUCUCAAACCAUCCGAGAAGAAACACAGCGAGUCUUCUUUUCUCAAAACGCAUUCGAGAUCCCCCACUACAAGUCCUACGCAUACACAGCGGAAGCCGAAGCCGCGCCGGAGAGAUGCGCAGCGGCAGUAUUCCUAGCAGAGGUCGUCCCUGCAGAUAUACUACCGUACCUCAGUAAACUCAUCGUCUCGCUCUGGGACUGUGUUAAGAGAACAGCGAGGGAGGACUGGAGCCAUGUUAUAUCAUACGUUGCCGGUAUAUCAAGCCUCCGCUUUCUAUCCAUUGACACUGCGAUGGCCUUCGACGAGAUCAAUGACGCGAUACCGAACACGCGGGAAGAACUAACUAGUGAACGGGGUCUUGUGAGGAGCAGGGAUGCUAUGAAUCAGUACGCUUGGCCGGUUGAGAUUUCUGAGACGGCGGUGCGGUCAUUCUUCGUGAAAGUUGGAUAUACUCGGUACCCGCUUAAGCUUAAGGUUUACUAUUCCUAUCGGCGUUUCGAGGACUCGGCUGUUUCUGUAGGAUAUGAGCGUGUUGCCGGGGAUAAUUAUGCCUUUGUAAGAGAGUGCGAGGGGCCGGUUGGGGAUCAUGGCGGUAAUGGGAGAUGGCUUGAGGGGUUGCAUCUUUUUGAGUUAGAAGCUUUCUGA